AUGACUGAAUCUGCUAUUUAUAAAGCUUAUCAUGCCAAAAUUGCAGGACAAAAUUUGCUUCAAUGUGCAGUCCAGAAAUUUGCAUGGAAAGUGAUGGAGUUGUCCAUGACAAAGGCAUUUUACAGGAAAACAUUGGGAGGAAGCAGGAAAGCAUUGACAAGUAGUGUCACCGAAGUGAAGUAUCUGCAGGAAUACAUGAUACAAAAGGGACUUUCAUUGGAAACACCUGACUUCCAUCCUGCUCCCAUCAAGCUGGCCACUGUGGUUUAUGUAUCUGCUUACUCAGACAACACACCUUCAGAUGAUGGCCUGGAAACCGAUACAGGCAAUGAAAGCGAUUUCUUCUCUGACAGAAGUGCAGAUUAA